AUGGGUGAAUCCGGCUCUGCAGGAGAUAAAAAAUCGAAAAAAGCUGAAAAGGAUUGCGAAGGCUUUGGCAGGGCCCUGUACAACUUCGUGUCCUUAGUGGAAGGUUACGACCAGCAGAUGUUACCCAUGUGUAUGAGAGCUUUCGAGAUAACUCUGGGUGUUUCUCAGUCUCAGCUGUCAACCAUGGCCACCAUGUCGACUAUGUCACAAUUGGGGUGCUGUCUAAUUUGGGGUAUCCUGGUGGACAAACGCGACCCGAACUAUGUCCUUGCUGCAGGGCUAUUAGUUGUAGGCAUGGCAUCUAUUCUUCUGAGUUCGGCUUCACGCUACAAAGUGAUCCUCUUCAUGCGCUUCUUACACGGAUUUGCAUUCGCUUCCAUAUACCCAUCGCAGCAAAGAAUUGUUUCGGAUUCCCAAGAUGAGGAUAGUUUCAGCCUUGUCUUCGGUAUCUUGCAGGGGUUGAAUUGUCUUGGGCGUUUGCUUUGCGCCUUUGUUACCACGUUAAUUGCUCAGAAACUUAUGUUGGGCUAUUAUGGCUGGCGUACGUCUUACAUCGUCCUGGGAUACGUGUGGAUCCUAGUUGGAGUAGCGAUUAUAUUUGGAAUGCGAAUUUCACCCAAAACAAAUUCUGGUGCUGCUGAAAGUAACUCCCAGUCGAAUGUUGUUUCUAAGGACGACGAAAAUUUUAUACAGCAAAUCGCAGACUCAUUUAAAAAUGUUUUCACGAGUGCUACACCCAUUAUUCUAAUAUUCGCCGUGUUUAUUUCUGAGGCCCCCUUGUGUGCAUUUUCCUAUAUGGUUUUAUACCUGCAGUACUUGGGGGUAUCUGACGUCAUGUCUGGAGUCGCAGUAGCCGUCACGCUGAUCGGUGCUGCUGUAGGCUGUGCAGCAGGUGGUUGGAUUUUAAAGCGUGUAUUGAAGGAAACCGAUAACAAUUAUAUUCAUCUCGCCUGUGGAACCGCACUGAUGGUGAUCAGGCUUGUUGUAUGUCUAUGUUUCUUUCUGGGAAAGGCGCCGCCUGGACGUCUGCUUUGGUAUCAUUAUGUUGAGUUUGCUCUGAUUGGGGCUUCUCUGAUGACACUCGGUGCAGUAGACAGACCACUUAUUAAUAAUUCAAUCCCCCAAAAAUUACAGGGUACAGCGUCUGCCAUAAUUCGUUGCAUAUCCGGCAUUGCAAGCAGUGUAAUUUUUUACCAGCUUGCUGCCUAUUUGUCGGAGAAGGUGUUCGGAUACGUUCCGUCUAGAGAGGCUUUUGAAACCAUGGAGGUAAGUAUUAAGGAUAAGAAUGCUGAAGCUCUGAGGAAAUCAAUGAUGUCAAUUAUCGUGGCAGGAACAGUGCUCAAUAUUGUUUGCUAUGGCGCGUUGUUUGGCAUAUAUCCGGAGCAUAAGCGACAAGUUAAAACGCAUAGCACGACAGCUCCUGGGCAGACGCCCCCAGUAGGAACCGCAAAUAUGACUUGUUGA